GGGUCCGCCACCCAUCCCACCUCCCUCGCCCCUCCCCGCCCCGGCCCCGUCCCCCGCCUCCCGCCUCCCGCCACCAUCUCUGCCUCCCACCACCUCCACCAUGACGGUGAUGUCCGGAGAGAAUGUGGACGAGGCUUCCGCUGCCCCAGGCCACCCUCAGGACAGCAGCUACCCGCGGCCGGCCGAGCACGACGACCACGAAUGCUGCGAGCGCGUGGUCAUCAACAUCUCCGGGCUGCGCUUCGAGACGCAGCUCAAGACUCUGGCGCAGUUCCCCAACACGCUGCUGGGCAACCCUAAGAAACGCAUGCGCUACUUCGACCCGCUGAGGAACGAGUACUUCUUCGACCGCAACCGGCCCAGCUUCGACGCCAUCCUCUACUACUACCAGUCCGGGGGCCGGCUGCGCCGGCCGGUCAACGUGCCGCUGGACAUGUUCUCCGAGGAGAUCAAAUUUUACGAGCUGGGCGAGGAGGCCAUGGAGAAGUUCCGCGAGGACGAGGGCUUCAUCAAGGAGGAGGAACGGCCCUUGCCCGAGAAGGAGUACCAGCGCCAGGUGUGGCUGCUCUUCGAGUACCCGGAGAGCUCGGGGCCCGCGCGGGUCAUUGCCAUCGUCUCCGUUAUGGUCAUCCUCAUCUCCAUCGUCAUCUUCUGCCUGGAGACGCUGCCAGAGCUGAAGGACGAGAAGGACUUCCCGGGCGCCGUCCACCGCCUGGACAACACCACGGUGGUCUACAACGCCAACAUCUUCACGGACCCCUUCUUCAUCGUCGAGACGCUGUGCAUCAUCUGGUUCUCCUUCGAGCUGGUGGUGCGCUUCUUCGCCUGCCCCAGCAAGACGGACUUCUUCAAAAACAUCAUGAACUUCAUCGACAUCGUGGCCAUCAUCCCCUAUUUCAUCACCCUGGGCACCGAGAUAGCAGAGCAGGAGGGGAACCAGAAGGGUGAGCAGGCCACCUCGCUGGCCAUCCUCAGAGUUAUCAGGUUGGUAAGGGUAUUUAGGAUCUUCAAACUCUCCCGCCACUCUAAGGGCUUGCAGAUCCUGGGCCAGACCCUCAAGGCUAGUAUGAGGGAGCUAGGGCUGCUCAUCUUUUUCCUCUUCAUCGGGGUCAUACUGUUCUCUAGCGCAGUGUACUUUGCCGAGGCGGAAGAAGCUGAGUCGCACUUUUCCAGUAUCCCUGAUGCUUUCUGGUGGGCGGUGGUGUCCAUGACCACCGUAGGAUACGGUGACAUGUACCCUGUGACAAUUGGAGGCAAGAUCGUGGGCUCCUUGUGUGCCAUCGCUGGUGUGCUGACAAUUGCCCUGCCCGUACCUGUCAUUGUGUCCAAUUUCAACUAUUUCUACCACCGAGAAACUGAGGGGGAAGAGCAGGCUCAGUUGCUCCACGUUAGCGCCCCUAACUUAGCCUCUGACAGUGACCUCAGUCGGCGCAGCUCGUCCACUCUCAGCAAAUCUGAAUACAUGGAGAUCGAAGAGGAUAUGAAUAAUAGCAUAGGCCACUUUAGACAGGCCAAUAUCAGAACUGGCAAUUGUACCACAGCUAACCAAAACUGUGUUAAUAAGAGCAAGCUACUGACUGAUGUUUAAAAAGCCAAGCAAAGAAACUUUAAAAAGCCCCCACUUAGCAGCUUGAAAGACUUAAAAAAAAAAAACAAACCCAAAUCAAACCAAACCCCGAGUGAUCAAAGUCACUCUCUGUGUAGAUACUUUGCUAAGUAAGCUUUGGACGUUCCAUUGAACUGUCGAUGCAUUGUCGCAUUGCCAGUACUGGGCAUUGCCCGUGUUGGGGGUGGAAAACCCGAAGAUUUCAGGAGCCAUGAAAAAAACAAUUAUUUUCAUUUUAUUAAAAAAAUGGGAAAAGAAAGUGUAUUUUCUAAAACUGGUUUAAAAUCACUCAGUCCACGAACUAGUCUAGGUAAAAUAAGAAUCACGUGCUUCCCAUUUUUAAUUCUUGCUGGCUUCUUUAAUUUUUUUCUUUCAUGUGACUGAAUGAGAAUUAGAGGAUCGCUUAGAAAUAUCAAAUGAAAAUUUGCAUGGGACUCUAAUAUGAAAUCUUGGCAAACUGCACAACAUAUUUAAGACAGAGCAUCAGAUGUAUUGUAUGUAACAUGAUACACCAGCCAAAAUGGGCAACGGACAGAUGUUUUUAUUUUGAUCCACCGAACUGCAUAUUCCAAGGUGAAAAAAAAAAUUACCUAAGACUGGUUCACCAAGCACCUUAGAAAUCUGAUAUUGGUCCUGGUUCUGUAGGGAUUUUUCCCUCUGCCCCCAUUCUUUUCUGAUUCAAACUCUUCUCUAAGAAACAGUGAUAACUGAGUGCAAUUCAUUGAUCCAUCUGCAGUGCUGCUAAGAUUCUCAACUGCAGAUACGCCCAAAGGGUCUUUUCUCACAAGUCCUGCACCCUGACCCCCAGCCUCCAGAACUGGACGUAAAACCUUAGUCCUUGUUGCAAGAGAGCACAAAUGGAACUAAGUGUAAGCAUGUUUGAAUCUGAUCCUAAUUUAUUUUAUAAUCGCAUGCUGAGAACGUUAACUCAGACAAUAGGGGAUAAGCUUACUUAGGAAUCGAUUCUUCUACAAAUAGAUUCUUCUUCAUUUGCAUUCACCAAAAGUGCACUCCUUCAUUUAUUAACUCUUUUUAUUAGUCAAUAAAGUACUGUAUUUAAGUACCUAUGUUAGUCAGCUGGGAACAGUACUUUUCGGAGCUCCAAGCAUGUUCUCUUAUUCAGCAUUAUGGCUGAUUUGAUUAAGGUGUACCUUGAAUUAAUUAGUGCAUGAUUCAUUUAAUGUAAAAACGUUAAAAAAUAAUAAAAAUUAUAAGUUUGUGGGAUGAAGGGCCCAAAAGAAAUAGUGGGUGGGGGUGGGGGUGGGGAGCACUUAGUCAAUUUUCCUGCCUUUGCUCAGGGAAAUGUCAGGUUUCUGUGCAGAGUUAGAGAGGGGACCAAUAUGCCCAUCCCUUCAUGGGAAGCUCAGUUGAAAAAUGAAGUGAUCAAGGUAUAUAUAGCAACACCUAAGGACAAGUAUUCUUUAUAGCUAGAGACAAACACAAGCAAAAUCAACAAACAAAGGUGCAAUACUGCAUGUUUUUUGGUGCAUUCUUGAGACGUAAAUAAAAAAAAAACAAAAAAUGUUUCUCCAUUGUAUGCACCCAAAGCCGAGCUGAUUUCCUUUGGCAGUCCUGAUUUGAAGUCUGUAGGGACUUCGGCCGUCCCCCUGAGGCUCCCUGAAGAAACUCAACCAAUUGAUUUAAUAGUUGCUUAGUGCCUUUAUCCUGUACCCACAGCGAACUGCAGAAAGUGCCUCCAUUAACGCAGCUGAGAAGUUAUGUAACAGAAAGGGAGGGAGGGAUGGUGGGGGCACAGAGAUUUUGCUUUUCCUUUUGCCACCCUGGCUGUCUCACUCACCGUUGUGGGGACACCACGCCAUCCUGCACCUCAGAACAGCACAGACCUGCGAAGAUGCCCUCUGACCAUUCACUGGACUUGGUCCCCUUGGCAGCCUGAUGUGGGAUGGAAACUGAGGCCCAAGACCCAUCUUCCAACUGGACACGCACCGUCAACUGGUUUUCUUCCUCUUUUCCACCAGAAGCCAAUAUAAACUCGUGGGGAAUUUGUUUCCCACCAGGGGUCCCUCUGGACAAGCAAGGCUUCCUCGGGUCCACCCUAGCGGUCCUGGCGUAUUUCCAUCCUCCCCUCUGUCUGCAGCAGCACUUUGCCAUCUCUGAUGGUCUGAGCUUUGCAGGCAUCACUGUGGAUGUAGGCACACCUGGUUCAGAGUAACCUUUUGCCAGCCUUCCCUCCUGGCCCAUCCCCCUUCAGUUAUUCCCAAGGAUGCUCCUAUGAGAGUCCCACCUGGCGGUCAACUCUCAGGCUGAACAUCUGACUUCUGUUGCCCACUACACGCCAUCCUGAGAACAGUGGGGACCCUGUGCUUAGCUGACAGAGAGCCUAACCACCGGGGCCUCUGGAGGCCAGCAGCCGUCCAUCGACGGGGAGGCACUCGUGGCUUUUUGAACGACCCGAUGUGGGGACCCUCACUUUGCACUUAGCAUGUGGCUGCCUGCUGCCCAACGCCUUUCAUUCCUGUGCUGCUGCUUCCAGAAAUAUUCCCUGUGGCUCCACCCCUCCCCUCCACCCUACCCUAGGACAGGCAGUGAGGCAGUAAACCAAGAAACUGGAGUUACACCCAGGCCUGCUGACUCCGCUGAAAGAAAAGAACGUGGAUGUUUUCUUCUCCUGUGUGGCUUCUGUGAAUCUGUCAGAUGGACGUGGCACACAGCAAGGAAGAUGGAGGCCAAGAACUGCAUGGCAUCCGACCAUAGGGCACCCACCCUCCCCGGGGUGUUUCCUUGAAACUUGACUCAUCCUGGCUUUUCCUCUUACCUGCUUCUAAAUCUCCCACUGGGAAAAAAAUAAUGCCAACCUUGUCCACAUCUCCCGGGGCUUAUCUUGAUCUUUUUAUUUAGACUUUGAGGUCUAGGACCCACUCCCCCACCCCCAACUUGAAAUGCUAACUCUGUCAACAGCAAUAAUCUGCCCGGUACUGUGGGGGAUGGGACAGAAAAUGAGAAAAUGGGACCAGGACUGAAAAGAUGCACUUUGGCUGUGGGGUAUGCCUCUCACAGCCACACGCUGCAUGGGCUGGGUCCUUCUGCAUGUGUUACAGGGAACAGUGGCGCUUGCAGGGGACCUGCCCCCCCGGGACGAGAGGAGCUGCCGGUAGGAGUGUGGGUGGUUUGGGGAAAACGAAUGCUGCUUUUUUCAUCUGUAUGUAGCUCAUCAAAAUCAAGUGAGUAAGACUGGAGGACAGGGCUUGUCUGUGUCGCAUCAGCAUGCAAAGUUUGACCCAGCUCUUCCCCUUUGCACAGGGAUGAGCUGAAGUGUUUCUUGUGGACCUGAAGGUGCACUUAACGAAACUGCCUAUUACGGAAUGACUAUCUUUUCAGUUUCUUUCCUUAGGUUUAUCUUAUUGGGUUUUUUUUGGUUUGUUUGUUUGUUUGUAGCUUUUUGUCCCCUUCCUAGGUCUUGAGCUUUCAUGGCUCAUGUCUUGAAUACUGGUUUUCUCCAGAAGGGGGAAGACUGGUGACCUGCUCAUAGCCAUAGCUCAGCUCUUCCGGUGAAUUGAGGCCCUAGUUUCAUAGGGCAGCCAGGGAAGGGUUGGGUCACCCCUGGAGCUGUUAGGCAGCCCAGAAUAUCCGAAGUGGUUAACUCAACUCAAGUGAUCGGAAUGAGAGAGACCAAAGACAUCCGUUUCCUCUGUCCUCAGAUUCAAAGACAGAGGGUAGCCAGGAAAGGUGUGUUUUUUGCACCUCCUCUUUCCCUGCCCCUGUCUGUGCCCACAGCCUUUCCUCACUACCCACUGGAGAAGUCAAAUUCUAAUUAUCAGUUAAAACAGUUCAUUGGGAGCUGUGUUAGUGGGUUAGCCUGGCGAAAUCAAAUCAAUCAAUAGCAGAUUAUUCUUCUGGACUACAGCCAAUGGACUGUAGUCAUUUCUCUGAAAUGAAAUUGUGUGCUUGGUCAGAUUCCCUGCUGGAGUCUGGACUCACUUGAGAAGACAAAAGACAAUGCCUGUGGAUGGUGAGUGAGGACUAGGUUUCUUGAAGUAGAAAUUUGGCUUAGUCUGUUGAGGGCCUUCUUCAUCUUGUGUGUAGUUACCGAGCUUUCAAAUGAGUUAACCUCUGAAGAGCCAGUGGGAAUGGUUUCCUAACCCUCCCAUUUAAUAGAGGAGACCUCAAAACACAUGCUUUUCGAAAACUGAGUUCCUUGUUUGGCAGAUGAGAUUGAACAAAAAGAGAAAAAAAUUCCCAUUUUUUCCCAGCCACAGCUUCCUCCUGGGAGUGGGGAGGACUGGUGAGUGAUAACCAUCAAGAGGACACAAUCGUUAGAACACCAACAGCAAAACAGCCAUUUUAUCUUUCCACUUUUCUAAGAAAGGGUGAAGUCUUUCGAUAUUUCUGUUCAUUUUCAGAAGACACACACAAAUUUUUAAACCUGACACAACCCAAGUGAAGGGCCACCUCUGGAGGUGACCCCUCAUCCACCAUGUGGUGUAUUAGUGCUCGUAUUUAUACAUGGAAUUUCAGGGUAUACGCGACUACGUCCAGCACGACUCAGGUAAACUUUAGAAGAAUGUACGUUACUUAUCCUUUUUGUAAAGACGUGAACAGGAGCUGAGUUGUUACCCACAACUGUUCCCGUUACCUUGGGUCACUGUACGAAUUCAUUCAGGAUAGAGAUGUCAAGUUUAGAAGUCUGGGGAUCACAUGCCAGUCUCUUUACUCAGGCUAAAGGACCCUGGGCUUUCUUGGGGAGCCCAGGUGUAUGUGAGGGAAGCUCUCAGGACUCUUAGCUUUAGGGAGAUUAGCCCUAGUUGCAGUGAUUUUCAAAGGGGCUAAGUAGGAGUUAAGUUUUUUAUGACAUGGGACUUCAAAGAGGAGAGAAAAGUUUUGCAUCCAAAUCAGAGAAGAAGAAAUGGUGCGAGGAAAGAAAGCAAAAUUAAACAUAACCCCCUUGCGAGGUAUUCCAGGUUAAAGCUGUCUCCUUUCUAAAACCUACAGACACACCUUUCUUCUCUGUCCUGCACUGUUUAGAACUGUGUCAUCAGAAGCUAUAAGUAGAAAGCAUGGGCUCUAUAUGACAUACCUCUAAUCUUAAAGUCUUACCAAGGUUAAAAAUCCCAACGGAGUCGUCUUAAUUUGAAGUGCACCAUCAGGACAACAAACCACUUAAGCUUGAAAAAGCGCAUUUCAUUUCUUUGCGUUCGCUAGUUGCGGACACCUUGAGUUAACAACGUGUCUCAUUUUCACCUACUGUGCGUUUCCCCUGCCCUAAUUGUCUCAUAGGUCGGGUAGAGGACACUGAAUGUUAUGAAUCGAGAACCUAAUUGAAGCGCAUAGUAUCCAUCUAUGCAAUUUUACUUGCUUCUGUCACUUUAUGAUCUGUUCAUAUUUGGCAUCAAUUAAAGAUAAUUUUUAAGGAUCUUA